AUGGCCAGGUUCCUAUCGCUCGCGCUUUUGGCGGUCCUCGUCGUCGGGGUGGUUACUCCCCUGGAGGCAGCGCCGAAGAUGUCGCUGUACGAGAAGAACCUGAACGACGUGAUCACCGUCGUCAAGGCGAAGCCCGGUUACAAGGCUUUCGCAUCACUCGUCGGCGCAAUUCUCAAACAAUCCCAGCUGAAGAGUCUCGUCCAGCAAAACCUGACCAUCUUCGUUCCCAACGACAAGGCUCUUAACGACUUCAACCUCACCCAGUACGCCACCGCCGACCUCCUUAAGGUCGUCAAGUACCACGCCGUCAAGGGCACGUACACCUUCGCGCAGCUGCAGGCGCUCGCCGCAUCUGGCGGCAAGCUCCAGACGACCUUCGGAAUGCCGAUCUCCCUCACCCCGACGAAGAAGGGCAUCGGCAUGUUCGGCAUGGAGAAGAUCGGCGCCGCUGUCCUCGAUAAGGACAUCUCCAUUAAGCCGACGGUGGUUGCGCAGGGAAUUUCCCGGGUGCUUAAGCCCAAGGGGUUCGUUAUUAAGGGCGCGAGCGCGGCUCCCCCGGCUUCCAAGUCACCCGCGAAUAAGUCACCCGCGACUAAGUCCCCCGCGACGAAGUCUUCGACUCCUACGACUACCUCUCCUAAGACUCCCAAGACUCCUAAGACCACCGCUUAA